GGUGGGCGUGGCCGGAAGUGCGCAGCGCCGGGGGCUGAGGGGGGUUCCGCCAUUACGCGGUGCCGAGUAGGCCGCGGGUCCCGGUUGUUGCGCCGCUCCCGUUCAGGCGGGCCCGGGCCCCCCUCCGCCCUCCCGGUCCGGCGGGCAGCGCCGCCAUGGAGGAGAAGGGUUUCGCCAAGGAGCUGGAUCAGUGGAUCGAGCAGCUGAACGAGUGCCGGCAGCUCAGCGAGAGCCAGGUCCGCAGCCUGUGCGAGAAGGCUAAAGAAAUUCUUACGAAAGAAUCGAACGUGCAAGAGGUACGUUGUCCCGUCACCGUCUGCGGGGAUGUCCACGGUCAAUUCCACGAUCUUAUGGAACUCUUUAGAAUUGGUGGCAAAUCCCCAGACACAAAUUACCUGUUCAUGGGAGACUACGUGGACAGAGGCUAUUACUCGGUGGAGACGGUGACUCUUCUAGUAGCAUUAAAGGUGCGUUACCCAGAACGCAUUACAAUACUGAGGGGCAAUCACGAAAGCAGACAAAUUACACAAGUGUACGGCUUCUAUGACGAAUGCCUGCGGAAGUACGGCAACGCCAACGUCUGGAAGUAUUUCACAGAUCUGUUUGAUUAUCUGCCGCUUACAGCUCUAGUAGAUGGCCAGAUAUUCUGUCUCCACGGUGGCCUCUCUCCAUCCAUAGAUACACUGGAUCAUAUCAGGGCUCUGGAUCGCCUGCAGGAGGUUCCACAUGAGGGUCCCAUGUGCGACCUGUUGUGGUCGGAUCCGGACGAUCGCGGCGGCUGGGGUAUAUCGCCACGCGGCGCCGGCUACACCUUCGGGCAAGACAUUUCCGAAACCUUCAACCACGCCAACGGCCUCACGCUGGUCUCCCGCGCUCACCAGCUCGUCAUGGAGGGUUAUAACUGGUGCCACGACCGAAACGUGGUGACCAUUUUCAGCGCGCCCAAUUACUGCUACCGCUGCGGAAACCAGGCUGCUAUCAUGGAACUAGACGACACUUUAAAAUAUUCCUUCCUUCAGUUUGACCCCGCGCCCCGCCGUGGAGAGCCCCACGUUACCCGCCGCACCCCAGACUACUUCCUAUAAACCUCACCUUGGUCAGAAGGGAGUUAACAUCCGAUGUUUCUAAAGAGCAACAAGAUUUCCACAUUUCUGUAAGAAACCGGGGUUCGUCUCGACUUGAAAAUCCCCAUGAUGGACCAAAACGUGCCAUACAGAGGAUAAAGAGCGCGGAGCACAACCUGAGACUGAAUUCCUUACAACACUAUCUCCCCCGUCCCACGCAGUCCGGCCGUCAUUUGCCUGCUGUAUUAGUAGUCGUCGUUUCUGGGUUUAUUGUUUUCUUCUGGACUGUUCAGAGAGGAAAAGAAUUAACAACACUUCCAUCUCCUUUUGAUGCUUCUUUGUACAUUUGUUUUCUUUUUUAGUUCUAGUGUUUAACUGGCAUGAAUUAGAGUUGAUUUCCGAGGGAAACGCACACUAACUUCUCCCCCCACCGCUCUUUAUUUUAUCGAACGACCCCCGUCGACUUAACUGGAGAAAGGAAGCGAUUCCUGCUUGGGAGCACGUUGUCAUAACACGGAUCAAAACGUUCCCUUUCGAGCUUAAUUCCCCUUUUCUCUCCAAUUCUUGAAUCCUGACUUUUUGGGGUUAUUUUGGGGGGGGGGGCGAGGGGGUGGUUUGUUGCUUUCCCCUCUGUAUAUUUGUCCUGGAAGUGCUUGCAAUCCUUUUUUCCCCCCCAAAACCCAAUAAACUUGCCGUUGUCAACCCCAA